UAUCGUUCGUAUCAGGACACGCUUCACGAGUGUGCGCGCUUGCAUCUACUCCGCAGUUACACACAGCCAGGAGAACGGUGUGUUGUUGCCUCGCUGCCGUACAGUUCCAGCCAGCCAGCCAGCCAGCCAGCGCGUCUGUUACCGGCGGAUCUUAAGCCCGUGUGUGUGUGUGUGUCGGUGGAAGUGUGCGCGCCUCUUCUGCAUUCAUUCGUACAGUCGUCGCAACAGCGGAUUGAUUUUAUAGCGUCCUGACGUGGCGGCGAAACUCGAUGCGAUUUUAAUCAGUGAUAUAAUUCACGAAAGGCGAAAGGCAGGUGUUGCACCACUGCUGCUGUUGUCGCUGUUGCUGUUGCUGUUGUUGAUGCUAGCCUGCGUCUGCGUGCAUGCCGACGCUGUCAUGUCCGUCGUCGCCGUCGUCGCCCACCGAUAGCCAGCCGACACACGGCGACCGUCCGCCAGCCGACCACGACCACGACCGUCGCUCAUCUCCGUCGCCGCCGCCGCCGCCAUGUCGUCGUCGGACACGAACGCGACCAACUCGAAUCAUAACGACGUCGGCCUUCCGUCGAUCAUCGAGCUGAACGUCGGCGGCGUCUUCUACACGACGUCGCUGACGACAAUCACGAAGGACGUCGACUCGCACCUUCACGACCUGUUCGCGGGCAAGGCGAAGGCGCCGAUUCGGGACUCGAAGGGCAAAUUCUUUCUCGACCGCGACGGCGUCCUCUUUCGCUACGUGCUCGACUUUCUGCGCAACGAGAAGCUCGUGCUGCCGGAAAAUUUCCACGAGAAGGAUCGGCUACGCAGCGAGGCGGAGUUCUUCCGACUCGCCAGCAUGGUGGAGUGCAUCGACAAGGCCGUCAUCAUACACGCACACGCGAUGCUGUCGCAUCCGCACGCGGUGCGCGCGUCGCACGCCGUGGCGACGCGCGGCGCCGUCUACUCGAACAGCCCCUCGUCGGCGGCGGCGGCGGCGUCGGCGCGUAGCACGUACAUCACCGUCGGCUAUCGCGGCACGUUCGCGUUCGGUCGCGACGGCAUGGCCGACGUCAAGUUUCGCAAGCUGUCGCGCAUUCUCGUCUGCGGGCGCGUGCGACCGUGCAAGGACGUGUUCGGCGACACGCUGAACGAGAACCGAGAUCCAGACCGCGGGCCGGGACACACGGACCGCUACACGUCGCGCUUCUUUCUCAAGCACAACUUCCUCGAGCAGGCGUUCGACAUGCUUAGCGACUCCGGAUUCACGUGCGUCGGCAGCUGCGCGAGCGGCGCGACGGGUUUCCACGGCCCGGCGGACGGCAUGAACAAGGCGUCGGGGCAGGACACGGAGGAGUCCAAGUGGAACCACUACAACGAGUUCGUCUUCUGCCGACCCUUCUAGAAGACUCCGGCGACAGCGCUUGUUGAGUCGAUGCGCGGGGACCGGCUAUUGUAAAACCGCUAUCGCAAGGUACAUCGUCUGCACCAGUGACUUUGCUGUGCGAUGCGCGGGGACCGGCUAUUGUAAAACCGCUAUCGCAAGGUACAUCGUCUGCACCAGUGACUUUGCUGUGCUCCGCGCAAAGCGCAGAGUCGGUCUGUCUGUUUCAAAGAGGCCUAUGUAUAUGCGCGGAAAAGCUUUUCCCGCCAGCUGACAGUGAGUGCGAUGUGUGAGAUGUGAGGUGUCUCAAGCAGGCGGAAUUUGAUGUAUUGAUGCGUAGAGCAAAUUCUGCUUUGCCAGUAUCUGACACAAGUCAUUUUGUUCACACUAGUCUAUUCGUUGCGCUAGAGAGAGAGAGAGCGAAGGACAGAGAGCAAAGGGAGUGUAAAAGAUGGAAGAAGAAGGAAGAGAGAAUCAUUACGGGCGGACAGACUUGCAGACGGACAGACACACACGCACGUACACACGCACACACAUACACACACACACACGCACACAAAUACACACGCACACACACACACACACACACACACACACACACACACACACAC